AUGCCUCCUAAGAAGUGGGACGAAGAGAGCAGCGAGGAGGAGAGCUCCGGCCCUGCCUCCCCUGUUGGCGGCGCUGUUCCUAUCCGCCGCAAGUUCGAAGACGAGGAGGAUGAGGAUGACGUUCUCGACUCCUGGGAUGCCGCCGAAGACUCCGAGGUCGAGCGCGAAAAGGCCAAGAAGGCCGAGGAAGCAAAGGCCAAGGCUCUCGAGGAGGCUAAGAAGAACAAGAAGAGCAAGGCUGAGCGCAUCGCCCAACUGAAGGAGGAGCGUGCCCGCCUCGAUGCCGACGACUCUGGCGAGGAGGAGACCGAGGCUGAGCGUCGUGAGCGCCUCCGCCGCACCGAGAAGGAGUCCGACCUGAAGCACGCCGAGGAUCUCUUCGGUGAUAUCGGAGUCCCGGCCGGUCGCAAGGCUGUCCUCGCCGGCUCUGCUGUGCAGAUCGACCCCAACGACCCUACCAAGACUGCCAACAUCGCCUCCAUGCCGCUCUUCAACCCCGUUACCAAGACACAGUUCGAGCACCUCCGCACCACGCUGACCCCGAUUCUCGCCAACAACGCCCGCAAGGCUCACUACGGCCUCUUCCUUCAAGAGUUCUCCAAGACCCUUGCGAAGGAUCUGCCCAGCGACCAGAUCAAGAAGAUUGCCAGCACUCUCACUGCCCUUGGUAACGAGAAGAUGAAGGAAGAGAAGGCUGCCCAGGGCGGCAACAAGAAGAGCAAGGCGGCCAAGACCAAGGUCUCCGCCGUCGUCAGCCGUGCUCCCGCAGCUGACACCGAGACCUACGAGGACGAUGGUUUCGGAGAUGACGACUUUAUGUGA